AUGCCCAAAAAGCAGAAAAAGUCAUUCGUCUACAAGCCACCAAGCACCCCUCACCAUUCUCUUGGUCCUUCUAGCAUACGCCAAAAUGAUCAGUCCCGCCAAGCUGCAGGUUCCACGACCGAUCCCUCUGUCAAUGACUUGAUCAGUCACCUGCGGCGUACCCAAGUCUCCCACGAAGGCCCGGCCAGAGCACCAUCUUUCGUGUCCCCUCGAUCAGUCCAUCCCUCACUUCGGAACCUCCUACAUCUUCCAGAAACCCCACCGCCACGUCCUCGUCGAACGGUGUUUGGGAGCCGACCAAUCCGCCCUAUCCCUGGACCCCCGCCACCCGCAAGCUGGCUAUCGGGAGAUACCGAGAACUCGAACUCUUCGGCUCAGGAUGAAGCAGUGGAUUUUGGUUGUGAAGAUGUUACCCAUCGACUCGACAGGUUGCCCGGAAUUGCCUUCCCUGGGGAGCGCUCCCUCGUGCAUACGCUCUUGAUGUCCAUGGCUCGUAAUUGGUGUUGGCAUCUGGACUAUGAUGGAUACUUUCUAGCUCAGCUCCCUAGCCACAUAAAGCAGCUUUUGCUGAGUUAUCUAGCGAUGCAUUCCCAUGGUCCAGAAUUGAGCGGCCGCAUGAAAGGUCUCAAGCCGCUCUUCCUGGCCGAUGUCGAUAAUCCUGAAAUUGGAUAUCGGAUGACUGCAACUGCGGGCGAUGCAACUAUCAUCAGAUUAGAUCUGUCCCGUGCCUUGGGCCGCUGGAUUACAUUGAAAGAACUUUCGCAUGAGCUGCUCCUAUCGACGAAACCCACGGCUGUUGACUCGAAGCCCGAUGUCCAGGAAGCUGUCCCAGCAUCGUGGGAACAAGAGGAACAGGAUUUAGACUCAGAGGAACCUCCGGAUAAUUUGUCUACACAUAUGCCGCCGACUACCAUCAUUCCGAAGGCUAUUGGCCAAGGAAUGCGAUUUAAAAAGCUCCACUACCUCUCGCUCGCGCAUCCGAGUUCAGGCGCCGCAAAUUGGAACACUUUGUUGCAUCUCAUGUCACAUCUUCCAACUAUCACACACUUGUCACUUGCCUACUGGCCUGUUCCGACUCGCACACCCAAUGCUACGAAUGCCACUUUGGUUCAUCCGACCAACCGCUCCUUGAGAUUCGCCUACAGCGGCACGGACAUGUAUGCCUCGAUGGAGAACAACUGGGCCGAGUCGGCGGCUAUUCUCCGUCAACUAUCUCGAUCCAUCUACUGCCUGAAAUGGCUUGAUCUCGAAGGCUGCAGCGAUUGGCUCGCCGCUAUCUCCUGGACAGGCACUGACCCCGACGGUCGACCUUAUCGACCUGGCUCGAACGGGCCCGAGUGGACUGGUUCCUGGCGAGAUGUCGAGUGGGUCAAUUUGGGACCGGGAUUCGAGUACCCCAAGGAUGGCCAGUGGAUGAACGAGAUCUCUAGAUCGGACACUCAGCUUUUGGCCCGGUUUGAGAAUUUCGAGAGUCGGCGUGAGCUUUCGCUCGCCUCGUCUAUUCAUGCUUCUGAGCAAUCGCCUGCUUCCCCGGCUGAGAUGUGGAAUCUGGAGCAUGAACGCAUUCUAGCACGCUUUAAGAAACGACGGAAGGCUUGGGAAGAUGCGGUUUCUCUGGGCAAAAAGGUGCUUCGGGAGAUUCAGGAUCUGAGAGUCAAGGCCAAGGGCAAGUGGAUCGAGGGGCAUAUCACGACGGAGGAGGUCAAUUCUCGUCUCGCGUAG